AAGUACAGAGUUAUGUACAGAAAUGAAGAACAUCGUGUUAGUCUCAGGAAUAGAAAAAUGUGAUAUCACCAAGAAGGCACAGGGAGCCCAUUUAUAUAUUAAUAAGUAUAAUGUUAACCUAACAUUGUAACAAAAGAAAGCGCUCCAAGAUAGAGAACCUAUCUUUACAUAGUUGUGCCUAUAACAUUAUCCCAAAAGGAAAUCCAAAGCGACAAAGAAACAAACAAAGGAUAUCUAAAGAGGGUCAGGGGAGCCAUGGUGGAUUCUGAAGAGUGCAUGUCUCUGGAUGCUCUGAGCUCUCUAGAGGACCUUCUGCCAACCGCUGAACCCACACCAAAGUCCACACAAGAGCCCCCCAAAGUCCGACCUGAGGACAUGGUCAAGGUAGAUACGUUGAAGUCAAAGGAUGCUGUGAGAGUAGGAGAGAGGGAGGACACCCUUCCACCAGACUACAGGUUCAAAGAGGAGGACCUGAAAGACCUUCCCCCACCCAAAGUAGAGCCCUCUUUGGACCCAGGGGAAGCUCUGGACUUCUUGUCUGGAGGUUUCGACACCCCUGCAGUCGCCCCCACCGUCCAGGCCCCAGUACCCCCCUCCACUAAGUCCCCCAAAAAGCCCUCAAGGGAUGCAGUAGAGGCUCUUGACCUCCUCUCUGGAGAUUUGGCCGCAUGUGAAGCUGCUCCUGUGGUUCAGGCGUCUCUCCCCCCCAAAGCUUCCCCAAAAAAGCCCAAAGCGGAAGACGCGAAGGCCCUUGAUGCGCUAGCCCCCAAAAAAGCUUCUGCUGUCCAGGCCCCAUCUGCCAAGUCCCCCCAAAAGAAAGCCCCUCCCACUGCAGCUUCUGGCCCCGCCCCCUGCCCCGCCCCUGCAGCUGCCACCGCGGCUAAAACUGAUGAGUCCAUGUCUCUGGAUGCUCUGAGCGCUCUAGAGGACCUUCUGCCAACCGCCGAACCCACACCAGAGCCCCCCAAAGUCCGACCUGAGGACAUGGUCAAGGUGGAUAAGUUGAAGUCAAAGGAUGCUGUGAGAGUAGGAGAGAGGGAGGACACCCUUCCACCAGACUACAGGUUCAAAGAGGAGGACCUGAAAGACCUUCCCCCACCCAAAGUAGAGCCCUCUUUGGACCCAGGGGAAGCUCUGGACUUCUUGUCUGGAGGUUUCGACACCCCUGCAGUCGCCCCCACCGCCCAGGCCCCAGUACCCCCCUCCUCUAAGGCCCCCAAAAAGGGCCCGGUCCUGGAUGCCUUGGCGAGCACCCUGCUACCGGACACCCCGGAGUUCAGAGCCAAGCACAGCCCUGUGACGGACAAACCCAAGGAGAGCCCUGUCGGGGACAAACCCAAGGCCAAGAGUGGGAAACCAAAGUCUAGAUCAAAGAAGCAGGCCGUGGCGGACACGUCGGCUAUCGAUGAUCUGUCUGAGCAGCUGACGUCCGACGUGGUGCCCACCUCCCCCGCCAAGAAAAGCAGUAAAAGCUAGAUCAGUAAGGUUCCACAUGCCAAAUACCUUCCCUACCACCUGGAUGGAGAGCAGGUGUCACCAUGGCGAGCUCCUCUGAAAAAACUUUUUUAUUUUAAAGAGUGAAACAUAUAGAAGAUAAAGACAAAAAACACGCUCACACACUCUGAGACACGGCUUUUCCCGCUUGAGUUCAUGCAUGACAGAAGAUUGUGCUGCUUUGGGGUUUUUUGUUUUGUUUUGUUUUGUUUAUUUCUUGCACAAGCAAUCCGCAGGGUUUGACUUUAUUUUCCUGGGUCCUGUAGGGGAUUAUGUGUGUAUAGUCCAUCUGGAAACUUACUGGUGGGACUGGGGAGCUGGAGCCUGUGACCAGACAACUGCCCUGGGAGGGGAGGCGGAUGGGGGGUGAAGAUUUCAAAUUCACUCGUAGAGAUCGCUGCGGUCUGGAGUCUCGGAGGUGUAGGAGGGAGGCGAAGUGUGACUCUGCCAUUUGUGAGGAGCCUGUGAGCUGGGGGUUCUGGAGGAAGGCAAAGUGUGACUCUGCCAUUUGUGAGGAGCCUGUGAGCUGGGGGUUCUGGUAUGUGUCAAAAGGGACAAAGGACAAUACUGUUUGUAGUACCUUUUGGGGAGUUUCAGACGAUUGACGCCAAGAAGAUAAGGGAUAGAUAUAUGGUGGGUGGAUGAGCGGUUCCCGCCAUGAGGGCCAUUAAAACUCCUGGGAAAAGAAUGUGCCUAAAAUCUUAUGACCCCACACCUGGUCACUUCCAGGGGGAAAGACUCCGGGCAGUACCACAGUGCCAUCCUUUGGGCACUGCUGUCAUUACCCCAGGGACUACUCUCUUGGAUGAAAACCUCAAAACUGUUGUUGAGAUGGUCAAUAGACCCGGUAAAAUAUUGUAAACAUUGCCCAUGUGAUCCUUGUUGUAUUGCAUUAUGCCCAUUGUAGUAAUAACAUGAAUUACAUGUAAAAUGGAUACACAGGAGGGAGGUUUCAUGAUAACUGCACCAUAACAAAACAUUAGGAUAAUCUGUUUGGUAUGGAUGUGAUCCAGUAAAAUCAAGGAAUCAGAUGAGAUACAUUUCAUACCAAAUGGAUUUUAAUAAAACAUAGUUUCAAUAACUCAAGGGAAAACCUACACGUCCUCUCUUGGUAAUCAUCUCAUUUUCCCUACGCAACAACCCCCAACGGUGGGGGUCUAAAUUCCAGAUUUGACAACCCCACCAGGCUAAUUUAUGGCACUGCCGCCUGGAUCAAACACAUGAUUUGGCAUAAAAGCCAGGGAGACAAGCCUAUCAGGGAAGAUCGCACUCGACUUCCCACACUGUGCAUACUUUGUAUAUGUGUGUAGCGAAAGCAGGCUGGGUAAGACUAUUUCACUCUAUUCUUUUUAUUUUCAAUUUGUCUAUUCGUAAUUGACUGUGUUAUU